AAAGGGAUGGUAGGUUCAAGGCAAACCCUCCCAUCAUGGAUUGGUGCAGCGGCGUCGAGAGUUGAUUUCGACAGUAAUGUUUCUUCCAUGUCGGAAGCGAUGUUUAUAGAGGGGAGGGAAGCUUCUCCUCCUCAACCCCACCACUCUAACACCCUUUCCAAUGUCAAUUUGAGUUUCGGAGAAAGGGCCGUCUCUGCCUCAGGUGCCGCCGUUCUGUCGGCAAUCCUAGUUAAUCCCCUUGAUGUUGCGAAGACUAGGUUGCAAGCACAGGCUGCUGGAGUUCCUUAUUCUAGUACGCAGCAUAAUUUUAGUGGCCGUAUGUCAUCUCUUGGACCAAAUGCGUUUUUUUCAGAUCUGAGAUGUUCUCCAUAUUGCACUCGUGGUGGAAUGGUUGGUACUGGAGCAGUUUGUCCUUCUGAUUGUUUUCAGUAUAAAGGAACGUUCGAUGUCUUCUACAAAAUAAUACAACAGGAGGGGUUUACAAGGCUGUGGAGAGGCACAAAUGCAGGUUUAGCAUUGGCAAUACCAACUGUGGGGAUAUACUUACCUUGCUAUGACUUUUUCCGCAACUGGAUCGAGGAAUUUACGUCCAAGAAUGCUCCAAACUUGACACCAUAUGUCCCCUUAAUUGCUGGCUCAGCAGCGCGAUCAUUAGCUUGCAUUUCUUGCUAUCCCAUUGAACUGGCGAGAACUCGAAUGCAGGCAUUUAAAGAGAUUACAAUUGGUGCAAAGCCUCCAGGAGUAUGGGAGACUCUCCUUGGGGUCCUCUCCCCUGUUAGGGGCUCAAGUAACAAUUUUCAAAACUUGCAAAGUUACCGUGUCUUGUGGACUGGGGUUGGAGCACAACUUGCCCGUGAUGUUCCUUUCUCUGCAAUUUGCUGGUCAACAUUAGAGCCUAUUAGGAGAACUCUUCUUGGUCUGGUGGGUGAAGAAGCCAAUGCAGCAAGUGUCUUUGGUGCAAAUUUUGCUGCGGGUUUUGUUGCUGGUAGCCUUGCUGCUGCUGCGACAUGUCCUCUAGAUGUUGCAAAAACCCGAAGGCAAAUAGAGAAGGAUCCAAAGAGGGCAUUAAAUAUGACAACCAAACAAACACUAAUGGAGGUCUGGAGGAAUGGAGGGAUGAAAGGGCUCUAUACAGGUCUUGGUCCACGCGUUGGUCGAGCUGGCCCAUCAGUUGGAAUUGUUGUUUCCUUCUAUGAAGUUGUGAAAUAUUUCCUACACCAGAGAAGUGCAACCUCAUGAUACAUACAGGUUGAGCAAGGGAAGAUUUAAUCUUUCCCCAUACCUGCUGGUUAAGGUGGCAUGACAGGGAUUAAUAAUAAACCACUGCAAUCUUUUAUGGAGAUGAUUCACCUCAAAGAUGAAAACGUUGGCACCAUUGUGGAACCAUGCUUCAAGGAACUACACUGGUGGAGACCAUUCUCUAACCCAAUUUUUGACAGACCAUUCCUUUAACCCAAUUUU